AUGGUGGAUUCGCCACCCAAAAAAAGAGCAUUGAGUACUACUGACGAUAAAAAAGAAAAAAGAACCAUGGUUAGCAAAAAGGGUAACCCAGCUGAAGCUGUUGAGGACGUUGAAGAAAGUCUGGAUAAUGUAGCUGGAGACAAGAAGGGUGAAGCAUUGAAAAAGGAUAAAAGAAAAAAAAAAGAAAAAAAGAACAAAGAUAAUGACAUCGAUAAAAUUAAUGACGAAGAGGAAGAAGAUGAAGAAAAUGAAGAGGAAAAUUUAAAAAAAUUCGGAGUUGACACGAGUGAAAAUGACGAUGAGGAUGAUGAUGAAGAUGACGAUGAUGAGGACGACGACGAUGACGACGAUGAUGACGAUGACGACGACGAUGACGAUGAUGAGGAUGACGACGACGACGACGACGAUGAAGACGAUGACGAUGAUGACGACGACGAUGACGACGAGGAUGAUGAUGACGACGAAGACGAUGACGACGAUGAGGAUGACGAUGAGGACGAGGAUGAUGAGGAUGACGACGACGACGAUGAGGAUUUUGAUGAUAUGGAUGAUGAUGAGGAUGAGGACGAUGACGACGAUGAGGAUGAUGAGGAUGACGACGAUGAGGAUGAGGAUGAAGACGAUGAGGAUGAGGAUGACGAGGACAUGGGCGAAGGCUCCAAAAAGGAGGGUGAUUCGCACGCAAAGAAGGACAGUGACGACGAGGCCUUCGACUAA